AUGUAUGACAUGAUAUUUUUGAGCUUCGGGCCCCUGCCUGACCAUGGGCUUAGCAAACGUCAAAACGCUGCUGAAGCGGACCAAGCGCAGUACAUGCCCAUCAUCAAUGAUACCGAGCAAGACGGGCCGGCUGCAGCAAAGUCCGCAGCUUGGGGCGUCAUUUUGGCCACUCUGCUCUGCCUCGUUGCAGCCGGAGCUGUCCUUUUGAUCGUCUUGGCUAUCAUCGCCCAUGUAUACUACUCCCAUGCCGUCUCUUCAACCUGCCAGAAUCCGACUGUUCGCCAAGAAUGGCGCGCUUUGACUAGAGAUGAAAAAUUCGAGUUUAUUCGUGCGGUGAAUAAGUUGGCAGAAACUCCAUCAAAGCGGCGAGCCAACGGCACCAUAUAUGACGACUUUGCAAUUUUACAUGGAGCAAUUGGAUCCUGGGCUCAUCGUUCGGCGUCCUUUCUUCCAUGGCAUCGCUAUACGCUCAUCCUAUACGAGGAAGCGCUUCGAGAAUACGCCGACUUUCAAGGCCAUAUUCCCUACUGGGACUGGUCCCUAGACUGGAUGAAUCUGGCCAACUCGUCGAUUUGGAGCAGCGAAGACGGCUUCGGCGGCGACGGCGAUUCAAAUGGGCCCGUGAUUGUCGGUGAGGGACGAUGCGUCGUCGACGGACCAUUUGCACACCUCCGCCCCAUCUUAUACAACCACACAUAUACCCAACACUGCCUCUCCCGUGGCUUCCAUGACGGCAAGACCAGGGGUCGCUUGUCCGGCGACGCAUACAAGCCAGAAAUCGUCGGUAAAAUACUACGUGAACCUACAUACGAAAGGUUCGAGCGACAGUUGGAGAUUUACCUCCACGGCUCUCUCCAUCAAUCCGUCAAUGGAGAUUUCAAAGCCAUGACAGCCGCAAACGAUCCUCUCUUUUAUUUGCAUCAUGCACAGCUCGAUCGAAUGUGGUGGCAAUGGCAGCAAGCGCGCCCGGCUUCGCGGCUACUCGAGUACAGGGGAAAGCACAUGUACAACUCGACGGGCAACGCUACUUUGGACAAUGUUUUAAUGUAUGGCGAGUUUGCCCAGGACAUUCCCGUGGCUAAGGUUAUGGAUACCGAAGGCGGCUUUCUGUGCUACAAGUAUUGA